UCAGCUUCGAAAAAAAAAAAAAAGAAAGGAAAUAAAAUUCAAAAUAUCACCGCUGCUACAAUUUCCUUCUCUCUCUUAAGAAUAUACACCGUUCUCUUUCUGCAAAAUCGUUGCCGGAAAUGGUUCCGCCGGAGAUAGACCCACUUUCUCGGCUAAGUUUGCCUCCUGGAUUUCGUUUUUAUCCGACGGAUGAGGAGCUUUUGGUGCAGUAUCUAUGUCGAAAAGUAGCAGGACAUCAUUUCGAUCUGCAAAUUAUCGCUGAAAUUGAUCUGUACAAAUUCGAUCCAUGGAUUUUACCAAGUAAAGCCAUAUUUGGUGAAAAAGAAUGGUACUUCUUCAGCCCCCGGGAUAGAAAGUACCCAAACGGGUCAAGGCCAAACAGGGUUGCGGGUUCUGGGUAUUGGAAGGCUACUGGAACUGACAAGGUGAUCACCACAGAGGGUCGUAAAGUUGGCAUCAAGAAAGCCCUGGUUUUCUACGUUGGAAAAGCCCCCAAAGGAACCAAAACUAAUUGGAUCAUGCACGAGUAUCGCCUCUUAGAACACUCACGAAAGAACGGAAGCUCUAAGCUGGAUGAUUGGGUUUUGUGCCGGAUUUACAAGAAGCAUUCGAACUCUCAGAAGCCUACGACAAGCGUUUCGAGCAAAGAACAAAGCAACGAUUCAUCGUCUUCGUCCCACUUGGACGACGUGAUGGAGUCGUUGCCGGAGAUUGAUGACCGCUUCUUAGCCUUGCAGCGCAUGAAUUCUCUGAGAAACCAACAACACGAUGAGAAGUUCAACUUUCAGAAUCUGGGUUCCGGGAAUUUCGACUGGGCCAGCCUUUUAGGCGUCAACACGGUGCCGGAACUCGCAUUGGAAAAUCAAGCUCGGGCUCAAACUAAUUGCACAAGUAAUGACAUGUAUGUCCCUUCCAUUCCGCCACUUUGCCACGUGGAGUCCCCACCGGAGAAGUUCCGGAACACGGUGGAUGAGGAGGUUCAGAGUGGAACCAGAACUCAGCGGCCGGUCGAUAACUCGUUCUUCUUCCAUCAGUACCCGAACUUGUUGACUCAGAACUUUUCUAACACACUUGACCCGAACGGGUUUAGGUACCCGAACCAGCCGAGUGGGUUCGGGUUCCGGCAGUGAGAAAAGUGAAUUUCUAAUUAGAACAGUGGGGAUUGGAUUAUAUGUAAAUAUUUUUUGGGAUUCUUUGGGCUAACAUUUUGGCUUUAGAUUCCAAAAGAGGAAAGUUGGAACUUCACUUUUAGGGUACUGUAGAAUCAAAUCAAGACGGGCCGACGGCAAUGAAAACAUUCGGCCCUUUUUUGCUGGGGGGUAGGGGGCAUAGGGCUCAGUUUCAAAAUGUGCACCAGACGAGAAUAAUAUACAUAUACCUUUCUGCAAUUUAAAUGCAAAUUUAUCAGAA